UCGAUCCUCUUGUACCAGCCCUCUUUGGAGUAACGACGCUGACAAUAUCGUUGAACGAACCUUGGCCGAACCUCUCUCACUCGAAAACCCGAACACACUAACCUCGUCACGAUGCUCGCUCAACGUGUUGGCGUCAACGCCCUCCGCUCAGGCGCGGCCAAGCCUUUCUUCGCUCAGAACAUCUCCAAGAGUGCUCUGGCUGCUGGAAUCUCUACCUCUUCUCCCACUCGCGCUACUGGUUCCGUCAAGGUCUCCCAAGAGGACGGCCACCAGAUCCUCGUUAACCAGCGCCUCAACCGACCCGUCUCUCCCCAUCUGGCCAUCUACAAGCUCGAGCAGACAUGGUUCGGUAGCUCCGCCUGGAACCGUAUCACCGGCUGUACACUCUCCGCCACCCUCUACGGCUUCUCCAUCGCCUACCUCGCCGCUCCCGUCGUCGGUCUCCACCUCGAGAGCUUGAGCAUCGCUAGCUUCGUCGCCGGUCUUCCUCUCGCUGUCAAGGGUGGUCUCAAGUUCACUCUCGGUUUCCCAUUCGUCUACCACGCCAUCAGCGGUGUCAAGCACCUUCUCUACGACGCCGGCAAGGGUUUCGCCAAGUCAACCAUUAUCCAGGCUGACAAGUACGUCUGGGCUGCCAGCGUUCUUGGCGCUAUUGGUCUGGUUGCUUUCCUGUAAGAUACCAAAUAUCGAAAAAUAGAAGAGCGGAAUAGAAGGAAAACGAGCGACAUGCGCAGUGGAUGAUACAAGUUGCAAGGGAUAUAGGGAAAGGAGUCUGGACGAGACGAAACUCGUGUACGAGUAUUUAGCCGAGAGGCAUCUGACUUUGAGCAAACAAUUUUAUUAUCUGUACACAAGCGCCUUGAAAUGUUGGGCUUAUUUCUAACCAAUGUCGUGAGGUAUUUCGCGACCCAAACGCCGUUCGCCUGCCAUGAUGAAUUUUAAUUCCUACUCCAAAUUUCGAGCAUCCAGGAUUGUACGUAUCAGCCGCCGAUUACCGGAGGCGACAAUCUUUCCUCCAAUAAUGGGCCCAAUGAAGUCCUUUAGCUCAGACGCCUCGCCUUCCACGCUGGUUGAACCGUUAAUGCCGUUGGUGUCUGAGCUGAUGUGAUCCGCCAGCGAGGCGACAGCCUGUACGAUGCCUUGAACUAGCAUCUCGUAAUCCAUCGAACCCUCCAUCUUUUCCCUGAGAGGUUGAAGGAUGCCUGAAUCGAAGGUCUUGAGGUUGCGCAGAACCAGAACGCGAAUAGCUUCUGGGCCACCCGCUUCCAGUAGACCAUGAAUUGCACCGUAGAGGACUGCUGGGGGCUUAGUAGGGUCGAGGAAGUAUUUGAGACAUGUUCGCGUAAGUUUGGGUCGGAGAAGUGUGUUUGAAGCCGAGUAUUUGCGAGCAAUUUGUCCAACCAGAGAAGCUGCCAGCUGUCGGAGCUCGUAUUGCUCCUUUAAAGCGUCGGUACCAUCCUCAGUGCCCAGUUUUCUAGCCAUAAGACAAGUAAGGGCGGGUGCCGAAAGUGGACUGGCGUAGGGGUCAAGGAAAAGACUCUUGUUCUCGAUCAGAGCAUUUGUCAAUUCCAUCAUUUGCUUGAGAGUAAAGGUGUCGUCGAGAUGGUGUGUCACGCGAUCCAUGAUGAAUGUGAUGAAGUACGGGAUGAGCUGGUGAAGACCGGGAUCGUCUCUCACGGAACCCAGAGCAGCCUGUCGAAGGCGCACCACCUCUUCGUCGGGAUUGUCGUCGAGAACAGCGGCUUGGAUUUUGUCAAAGUAGAGUAUGAGCUCCUUGCUCACAAUGUGCUU